AUGCGAAUCAAAACCAUUGAGGGCCUCGCACAUCAGAGUGAUGGUCGGCAUUUGCAGAACCCACCGCAAGUGCCCUGGCUCGGAGCAGGUCCGAAAGAUGUCAAGUUCUUUCUUGAUGGAUCAACUCCACCUCCAGAGGGUCAACCAAAGAAGAGUGGAAAGAAAGGCAAAAAAGGCCCAGCCAAACCGGGUGGAGAUUCGCCUACAGGUUCAUAUAUUAGUGUCUACGACUAUUUUAAACGCAACUACCCGAAUGUUCCCGAGUUGAACAACGCAUUUCCGGUUGUCAAUGUUGGCAGCAAGGAGAAGCCAAGCUACCUUCCUGCUGAAGUCUGCCAGGUUCUGCCUGGCCAGCCUGCGAAUGCCAAACUCAGCCCGAAUCAAACUCAGAACAUGAUUCGGUUUGCAGUCAGAAGGCCUGUGGAAAAUGCUACGUCGAUUGUCACCAAUGGAACUAAGGUGCUUGGGGUUGCCCCACAAUUAAACCCUCUGCUGGCUGGUAUGGGAUUAUCUUUGCUGCCCAACCUAAUAACUGUUCCUGGUCGCGUGUUGGAGAGUCCCACCAUGGUCCAGUAUAAAGGACAGAACUUUAAAACCCCCCAAGCCGGGAACUGGAACCUUCAGAAGGUUGCAUUCUCACAAGGGUCGCAGCUCCCUCCCUGGACGUACCUUUACUUCCAGGGCAAUCGAACAAACCUAGAGGCUCUUUCAGAGAGCAUUGAUAGAUUUGUUGAUAUGGCAAGGCUGCAAGGUCUCGCUGUUCCAGCACCAAGCCGACCAAUCCCUGUCAUUGUUCCUCACGGUCAAAGCCCGGAGGAUAUACCACUGGACCACUUUUUUGCUGAGAUUCGCCAGCAAUCCCGGGUAAGAUUGGUACUAGUGAUUCUACCUUUCGAAAGCCCUCAAAUGUACAACCAUAUAAAGUAUAGGGGAGAUAUCAAAGAUGGUAUACAUACUAUUUGUGUCGUUGCAGAAAAGUUCGGAAAGAACCAACCUCAAUACUUCGCGAACGUUGCCCUGAAGUUCAACUUGAAGCUCGGAGGAAUCAACCACAAGCUUCAACCGUCCAAACUGGGAAUUAUUUCCGAAGGUAAAACCAUGGUUGUUGGUAUUGAUGUGACGCAUCCAGCCCCAGGUUCCCUCCCCACCGCACCAAGCAUUGCCGGAAUGGUUGCCAGCGUGGAUAAGUUUCUUGCUCAAUGGCCAGCCAGCAUCCGUCUUCAGCACCAGGCCCAUGCAGAGAUGGUCGAUGAUCUCGAUCCAAUGCUCCAAUCUCGUCUUCGCUAUUGGCAGAAAAACAACUCUAAGAGCCUCCCGGAGAAUAUCCUCAUAUACCGUGACGGGGUAUCCGAAGGUCAGUACGGGAAAGUCCUUGAGGAGGAAUUACCUCUACUCCGCAACGCAUGCAAAUCCAUAUAUCCAGCCGACCAAACCAAGAAAGGCCUCCCCAGAAUCACCAUCAUCAUUGUCGGUAAACGCCACAAUACGAGAUUCUACCCAACCGAUCUCAAAGAUGCGGACAACAACUCAAAUCCCAACAACGGCACCGUCGUCGAUCGCGGCGUCACUGAGACGCGCAACUGGGAUUUCUUCCUCCAAGCCCACACUGCACUACAAGGGACUGCCCGACCGGCGCACUACUACGUGGUCCUCGAUCAGGUUUUCUUCGGGCGAAAGACUUCGGGUCGCUUCAGCAGCAUUGCCGACGAGCUUGAGGACCUGACACAUAAUCUCUGUUAUCUGUUCGGGCGAGCGACCAAGGCUGUCAGCAUCUGUCCGCCGGCUUACUAUGCGGAUCUUGUGUGCGAGCGCGCCAGACGUUAUUUGAGUAGGUAUUUUGACGUGACGCCUGAAACUAGUGUUAGUUCGUCCGGCGCUGGGAGUACUGGACCUGUGCCGACUGGUGGCGAUAUUCUGGUGCAUAGGGAUCUUGCGGAUAGAUGA